UAAAGAAAAGAGGGAAAAUUGUAGUUAAACGAGGAAAAGCUUUGAAGCCCACCAGUUGAAGGCCCACCCACGAGAAUAUAUAUGUAUUCUUGUGUCUGAAGAAUGAUUAAAGAUGUGGUCUUCCAUUGAGACACAACACCUUUAUCUCCAGAAAAUAAUCUCACCUUCAUUUCAUGUCGGCGAAGUAUUGUUUGGAUCGGCCAUAGCAUUCGACACACCCUUGUUAAUCAUUCGUUUCUUCUAUAGCAAUUCAAAAUCCAAGGGAAAGGGGAAAUUCCCAAAUCCCAAGCAAGAAGAUCAGAAUGAGGAAUUGCUUGUACUUGGGAAGUUGCAUUGCUCACAACUCUGACGAUUUUCUAUAAGACCACUUCAGCUUUCAGUGCAGUUAUACUCAUCAAUUAGGUCUUGAAUUCUCCGGGGCACCUAGCUGUCAAGACACAAAAUUUUUAUAGUUUGUAGUCAGGACCGAAGCUACAUUUUCAGAGAUGCAGAAGGCUUCUUCUAUCAAAGGUUUCUCAAGUUUGGUACAGUCUAAGAACAAUCUCGUAGACAGAGAGGGUUCAUGGAAUGUAAGAGGAGGAAGCUCUGCUCGGUUUGCAGAUUUAGGGUUUAUUAGCAGUAAGCAUAGGAAGGUUAGAUAUUCUCAUGGCAAGAAUUUAAACAAAGUUUUGGGCAGAAAGUGUAUUACUGGUUUAAGGUGCACAGGAAAUGAUAGACUCAGACUUGGGCAAUCUUGUAAGAAACAGGACGUUGAGGGGCAUGCUGUUUCAGAUUCUAAAGAUGAGAAUGGAAUCUCCCAUAACUCUAUUGUGAGCCAAGAGGAUUUGCAAUCUGAAAUCAGUGGUGGUUCCCAUUCUUCUCCAGUAGAAAAUUUACGGCCUAGAACUGAGGGUAUGGUAUUUGGUCUAGGACAGCCUGGUUCAUGGGAUAGCAUGGAGGUUGGAUGCCCAGUUGUGAGAAGAUAUCUGGGUGAUAAUGAGCAAAGAUGGUAUAUGUGGUAUUAUGGAAGGAAAAAGGGUUCUCGAGAUUCAGUGGGCCUAACAGUGUCAGCUAAUGGAAUUCAUUGGCAAAGAGGGACUGGACGCAUUGAGACUGAUGAUGAUGUUGGUAUUGUCAUGGAAUGCAGUGAGGAUUGGUGGGCCUUUGAUACUGAGAUUGUUCGGCCAUCUGAUAUUCUUAUACUGUCUAGUGAGAAGCUGAAAGCCUCAAGUGGGGUUUAUUGGAUGUAUUAUUCAGGAUGCAAUGCAGAUGAGAUAAAUGUUCCCCAAGUGUUGCUUGGGAACCCUUGGAUGUUUGAGGAGACUGGUCUUGAAUCGACUCUAUUUAGGUCUCUUCCAGGCCUGGCCAUGAGUCCUGAUGGCAGAAAUUGGGCUAGAAUAGAGGGAGAUCAUCACAGUGGUGCACUUUUUGAUGCUGGUACAGAAGGAGAGUGGGAUUCACUUUCUGUUGGUUCACCUCAAGUUGUUUUCCACAGUCCUGAUGACCUCCGAAUGUACUACCAUUCCCUUGAUGUUAAAUCUGGUUGUUUUGCAGUAGGUGUUGCAAGAUCUAGAGAUGGUGUUAAAUGGGUUAAGCUAGGAAAGAUUUUAGAGGGGGGACCUCCAGGAUCUUUUGAUGAGAUUGGUAUCACUGCACGGCAGGUGAUCAGCAAUCAAAAUGGACAUGGAUAUAUGAUGAUCUAUGAGGGUGUUGCUGCAGAUGGAACCAGAAGCAUUGGAUUAGCAAGGUCUUCUGAUGGCCUGAAAAAUUGGAUAAGGUGCCAAAAUGAGCCUGUGUUUAGACCUGCUACUUCCUCAAAUUCAUGGGAUAAUAGAGGAGUUGGAUCCCCUUGUCUGGUGCAGAUGGAUGAAAAUGAAUGGCGCCUCUAUUACCAAGGUGUGGGAAGUGCAGGAAGAUCUGGAAUUGGGUUAGCAAUAUCGACAGAUGGUAGUCUCACUAACUUUCAAAGGUGGCACGGAUUCCAUGUUUAGAAAGAAAAAUAUGAAGAGGGCGAUCAAUCAAAUGCAGCUUGAAUGGUUUGGGCAAAGGCUUUGCUGGCAUCUCUUAAACUAAGUGCAUUUGUUCGCCCAAUAUAUGGCAAAGUUAAACUAGCUAAUUGUUCACUGCUUUGAAUUGUCCAGUGGCAUUGUUGAACUCAAUACCUGGACAUCAGGCUUCCAUUAGUACAUCCAUUUUACCAAGUGUCCAGUAAGUAAUCAUGAAUUUCAUGCCAUGUAAAGGCAGAUUCGGAUUGAGGGUUUCAUGAGAAUAUUUUUUUGUCUCAGA